AUGGACGACACCAUCACCCUUUCCACCCUCAUCUCCACCUUCACCUACUGGAUCACCCACACCACCCAAAAGAUCCACCUCGCCUCCACCCGCGCGCAGCAGCUCCUCCAUGACACCAACAAGAUGCGCUUUGACUACACCGUGGGCCGCAUCGCCCUCAUCCGCAGCGGCUUCGAUGUCACACGUACCCCUCUCGAGGCCAGCAUGGUGCUCAACGACGACCUGAGGCCGGAGCAGAUCGUGAUGGUACAGGCCUUGGUUACGCUGAAGGGCUUGGUUAACCGCCGCGAGGUCAUCAGGAACCAGCAGGAGAACCAGAUGAGGGAUCUGGGCAUGAUUAGGGGGCGGCUGGUGGAGAUGUUGGAGGAGUUGAGGGGGAUGGAGGCGGGGGUUGGGGUGGAUGCAGCUGAUCAGGGUCGGCUUGCUGAUGCGGCUGGCGUCAUCGAUGCGGUUGAGAUCAUCGAUGCGAUUCAGAGCCAGGUUGUGCCGGAGGCUGAGACAGGUGUUGGCCACGACUAA